CAAAGGCUGGGAACCCAGAUGUCUGGGUCACAAAGCUGUUAAUGUAGAAUCACAGCCUUUUAAAACUGUGGAUCAUCCUAAAGACCAUUGGUUACGGCCCCAUCGCCUUCCAUCACAAGAGUUCUUGGCUGUUCACUGUGCUGUAGGCAGAGGCAUCCAGAGAAGACAAAGAAGAUACCAUGGAUCCCGAAAGAGUCGUAACCGAUGUGAAAACUCUGAAAAGCCUUAUCAUUGCAAGACGGAACACAGAAGAGAUCUUCCAGAAGAAAGAUAUAAGAGUAAAAGAGCCCGAGGUUAUCCUAAAUGACUCCCCCCAGGUUGUAUAUGAAGAGAGCUUCUAUCCCCAAGAUAUGCCAACCAUCUGCUUUUAUAGCACCGAAGCUUUCUACUUCGUCUCCCUCUCCUGGGUGCGGAUGGGCAAGAAGGAGGUGAAUGCAGUGGUGUGGAAGUAUGCAAAAGAAGGCAACAGGCCAGUGGAGAAGAAACUGGUACCUAUGAAGAAUCGGCUGCCCCCAGUCCAGAAUCUGGUCCACGUGAAAACCUACGGUGUACUGAUUGCUUACUGCGGUGACUUGUUUCUGCGGAUCUUUGGGGACCACUCUACCCACUUCAAGCCUUACCACAUGAUUCCUUGUCGCUUCUCCAUCAACUGCCUCACCUUUGAUCCCAAGAUGGAGCUGCUGCUCUCAGGCAUUAGUGGGGCUGUGGUCACCUGGACCAUCGAGCCAGGAGGGAAGGGUCUGCACAUCCUGCAUGUCACCCCCACGUCCGGCAAUGAGAUGGUACAGAGCAUCCUCCUGGAUGGGCCCUGGAAUUCCCUAAUGGUCCUGUGCGAAAACUUCCUGCGCCUCUUCGUCUGGAAGAAGAAGAAUGAACUGGAAGAGACCAGGACCUUCUUCUCCCCAACCCUUGGGCAGCCCUUGACCUGCUGCUCUGUGUGUCCCUCAGAGAACUACCUCUUCGGGGGCAAUACGGAGGGGCAUAUUCUGAUCUGGAAUCUGGCCAACCCUUCUGUGAAGCAUUCCUUCAUCAGCUUCCAGGCCCACAAAGGCUCUGUGGUGCUGAUCCGUAGUCAGUUCAAAAUGCACACCCUGCUGACCGCAGGGAGUGAGGGCAUGAUCAAGGAGUGGCACCUCACCUCAGCUAAGCUCUUACGCAUAAUCCGGAUCUCUCAGGACAAGCUCCUUCACCUAGAGUUCAUCAAUGACACCACCUUCUUCUGCCAGACUGAAUAUGACUUCUCCUUGCACCAAAUUUUCCAUUUCUAUACUCUCUUUAACAACUGUGGGUCCAACCCUUGCUUCCUGAAACGGGUCCACUAUGGGGAAAACCAGUCCCACAUCCUCUGCUACACGGACGACGGCAUCCUACGCUUCCUGUGCCCCAUAACUGGAAAGAUGCUGCUCCUCACAUGGCCCUUUCAGGCCCUGGACUCAUCUAUUGCCUGGGUCUAUGACCAGGAACAACAGGAGCUGGUUGUGGCAUUGGGCAACACCGAUGUGAUCAUCUUUGAUGCCACCAAGUGCCCAUCUUUGCCCAAAUAUAUCCUGGAGAUCUCUACUGAUCCUGAAGAUAAAGUGCUCUGUCUGGCCUACGGGCAUCCUCAGCUAGGCUCAGGCAUUGACGGGCUGAUAUACUGCGGCCACAGCAGUGGCUAUGUGAGCGUGUUGUUCCAACGCAACUGUUCCCGUGUCAGGAAAUAUUUGCAUUUUGGAGCUGUCCUGGCUCUCUCCACCCUGCCUGGCUCAUCCACCAACUCCUGGGAGAAAACCUUGUUAUGUUCUUAUGGCUCUGACGAAUAUAUAUGUUUGUCAGAGGCUAACCUCAAGAGCAAGAGCGUGAAACUGACUACAAUCGCCAUGGUUCGAAGCAACCAUAUCCUCUAUCAUAUGAUUCUGACCCCCAAGUUUUUGGCCACCAUCACCAGUGACCAGUGCUUUCUGCUCUGGAAGUACCAGGACUUCCUGAAGUCCCCCGACCUGGGCAAAGGACUAUCUUUCCAAGAGACCAAACCCCUGCAUGACUUCCCUAUUGUCUUCUUUGAUAUCUGCAUGAGCUUGGAGAUCUUUGUCACGGGUGCCAGUGAUUGCACCGUGGUUAUCUGGGACAUGCAAGGCAAAUCCUUGGUUAGAUUCAACUCCACCAUACAAUUUGGCCCAAUUUGCUUUGCCAACGAUCGAGGAGAUCUACUCCUCAGCUUCAACAGUUGUAUCUAUGUGGUGAACUGCACGCAUAUGUUCUCUUUCUCCCGACUUGCCCGCUUGAGUGGCCCCAGCCUUCAGGAUGAGGAGAAGUCAACGCCCAUACCAUUCAUGCCCAGCUUCUUCUCGUCCCUUACGACCAUAUUUAUUCCUGACUACCAAUACACAGAACAAGGGAAAUGGAAGCUUCAGGGAUUCCAAGCCCUGCCCAACCUGCGGACCAUUGCCUUCGACCACACAGUCCCCCACGUGGUAGAAGAGAUUGACCGCCAAGAGGUCUUUAAGAACAUGGAUCUGAAGAAGAAGAAGAAGAAAAAGAUUUUCUCUGCAAAGGACAAAAUGUUAAUUGGUCAAAAAGAAUCCCAAUUCAUCCUCAGCCAGAAAGAGUUCGCACUCUGGAACGGGCUGCAACCUUUCCAGUUGCUGCAGCGUUUCUUUGGCCAAGGACGGAAGUGGAUCAUCGCCCCGGAUGGCUAUAUCCCUAACUCAGUGGUGAGGGCCCUCCUGUGGCCCGAGGGAACACCAGUCUUCCUGCAGUGCGGUCUACAGGACGUUUGGCAAGACCUCCAUUGGGACGGGACCAAUCUGAGGUUCACCGGUUUAAAACACUUAAGCGACGAGGAGGAAGAAAAAGUGAAAUUGUGGGAUGUCAAGGAAAAAGCUGCGCCUGGAAUAUUGGGCCAACAGGAAAUCUUCAUGAACCUUCAAUAUAUGCAACAGAAGAUGAAUGACAUAACGGUCAACAAAGCCAUCACUACGGUGCUCCAAAUGAUGUCCAGCGCUGAUUCGUGGAAAUACAGGGAGUGCACCAACAUACUGUCACAUAUUUUUGCUGGCUACCAGGUGGCACCAGGGCUGCGCACCGAAACAGCAAGGCAACUGCUGAGUGAUACCACCCACCAUAGUUCUGAAAUCCGGUUAUUUGCCUGGGGGGGCCUGGAGCGGCUCGGCCUCAUCAGUCAUCUUUUCGCCAUCCCCUUGGUCCAUGGGUUGUUGGAUAGUGAUAAGGGUGUGCAGACCAAGGCCAUGGAGCUCAUGGGGACCUUCACCGGCAUCCACAGCAAGGCCGACUUGAUUGAUCUGCUCCAGAAUCAGGAGACGUUUCGAGGGCUACAGAAGGAAAGGAUAGGGGAUGAGUCCUUAGACCAGCUGCUGGGGAUGCGGAUGCAAGACCUUCAGAACCUACUAGAUACAGUGGAACACAAACUCAAUGACAACCUAAGCAUUAUCGAAACCAAAGUCUUCUCCGUAGAUUGGUUAUCCCAUCAUGCCACUCAGCAGCAGCACCCAGCCUUCAGGAGAAUCCCCAGCAAAUCCGAGGCUGUUAAGAAAGAACGAGGCCCAGAAGGGAAGCUUUCCAAGCCUGGGCUCAGCCAAAAGUCAGUGAAACUCAUCCCCAAGUUUUCAGAGGCCCUCCAGACCAUACAAGAACUGCAGGAAGAAGGACGGGAAAGCUCAUCUAGUAAGGUAGAUGUCUCCAAGACUCCAGCCGAAGGCUUCGAGGUUAGUUCCCUAGAAGAGUUGGAAGCUGCUACCUCUAUCCAUGAGGAGGCACUAGAAGAAGGCAUGGAGGAGAGUCGGGGAGUCCAGAAGUUGUCACCACCCGAAUUACCACUCCAAGUAACCCCACAGGAAUAUGGAGAUAUGAGACUGAAGGUUGUGAGGCAAGUCCAUAUGAAGAAGCACAGGAAGGGGGCCAAGGGGAAGCAAGUCAAGGGCCCGAAAAGGAAGCUUAAAGCUACAAAGGUGAGGUGGGGAAAGGAAGGAGAGGAAGAGGAAGGAUUCAAAGCAAGGGAAAGCGUGUCAGAGCAGGCCAGAGACAGGAUGAGUGAAGGUGAAGCUAUCACUGUGGAGCCUGAGGAAGAGAGGCAGAAGAUGGCUGAGCAACUUGAUCAGGGUGACGCCUGGAGGGAGAGCAUCUGCCGCCUUAUGAACAUGCGAAUUUCAACCUCACAAGCCACCUUGACUAAGUGUCUGGGCCAAGAGAUAGUGGCCUUGGCCCAGCAGGCGUUGGCGACAGAGUCCCCUAGCUGGGACAUCUUCCAAGUCAUCAGCCCUCCCUCAUCACUCGAGUCUUUGGAAGAGUUAGAGGAAUGGGAGGCAGCUGAGGAAGACAGGGAAGGCAGAAAGGAGAUGGAAGCUGGGAAAGUGAAGGCAGCCAGGCAAGCGGGAGAAGGGAAGGAAGCGGAAGAAGGGAAGGAAGCGGAAGAAGGGAAGGAAGCGGAAGAAGUGGGGGAAGAGAAGGAAGCAGAAGUAGGGGAAGAGAAGGAAGCAGAAGUAGGGGAAGGGAAGGAAGCAGAAGAAGUGAGGGAACGGAAAGAAGAGAGAAAAGUGAGGGAAAGGAAGGAAUCGCGAGAAGUGAGGGAAGGGAAAGAAGAGAGAAAGGGGAAGAAAAGGAAGUCAAGGCAAUAUGAGGAAGUGAAGAAAAAGAGUGAAGGGAAGGCCAUUGAAGCCAAGGAGGAAGUGGAGUUGGGUGUGGCCUUAGAAGAAGAGUCAGAAGGGGAAGAGGAGCAAAAGUUGGUCAAGGAGGAGGCAGAGGAUUUACAAACUGAGAAGGGCCAGAAAAGGAAAAGGAAAGUCUUUACCUCCCACGCUGGAGGUCUUACCAUGCAAGAAGAUAAACUCAGGCGUAAGAGGGAAAAACUGGUGCAGUUGGAGAAGAAACUGGCCAUCAUGGAGAAGAAACUUGCCAAGGAAGAAAAUGAUCUGACUAAAACAAAGGAAGAGCUGGUCCAGAGAGAAGAAGAGCUGAUCAGGAAAGAGAAAGAGCUGGUCCAUUUACAGGAAGAUCUGCGCAAGGAAGCGGAAAAAAUCAUAGAGGACUACACUAAGCACUUGGAGGAGCCUGUAGAGAUGGAGGAAUUAGAACAAAUGUUAAAGCCCCCCAAAAGUUUUAAGAUGUUCAGGGAGGAAGUGGUCGGGAUAGAGAAACCAAAGCCUAGGGCACAAAGGAAGACCGCCCUUGACACAGCAAAGGAGAAAGGUCUCAGAGAUGCCUUCUCCCAGGAGGAGGAACUGGACAAAAAACUGAGCAGGAAAAAGAGGGCGGAGAAGAUGAAAAAGAGUGUGGAGGAAGCAUUAGGGCUCCGGGGGCUGAAACCAAAGCCUCUGGAAAGAGGAAAACAGCUUCCAGGGAAGGAAGAAAGGGAGGAAAGCAAAGAGCGUCUAGAAGAUAGGAUGCGGCUUCUAGAGGAAAAGAACAAACGGCUUCUAGAGGAAGAAAGGAGACAGUUUCUACUGGAAGAAAGGGAACGGCUUCUAGAGGGAAUAAGAAGGUUACAAAAAGAGGAAGAAGAGGAUCGUCUCCUACAGGAAGAAAGGAGACGUGUAGAGGAGGGCAGAGGCUCUGAAGAAUUGGAAGCAGAUCUGUCCAAGGAGCUGCCUGAUGAGGUGCUCUGGGUGGAGGACAGGAUGCUCUUAGAGGAAAAACUGGAUUUGCUUCAGAAGCCAAGACGGCUGACUGAGGAGAGCAUGUUAGCCAAGGUCCUGGAAACAAGUGAGGCAGAGAAGCUGCCUGAGGAACUGCUUAGGGAACAACAGGGGCCCUCGCAGGAGGAAAAGGAAAGCCUUCAAGAGCAGACUAUUGAGGAGAUCAGAUUAAUGGAGGAGGCAAGGAAAGUAGUUCAGAAAAAGAUUGAACUAAUACAGGAGGAAAUUAUGCUACCUCUCAAAGAGAAAAGGCUGUUGGAAGAAGAGAAGGAGAUUGUCCAGGAGAAGGCAUCAAUGAUUCAGGAAGAGAGGGAGAGGGUUCAAAAGAAGUGGGAGUUGUUGAAAGAGGAGAUGGAGCUGAGCUCUGAUGAGGAGUCCAUGGAAAAAGAGAAACUUGAGGCCAAAAGAGAGAAGAGAAGGAUUCUCCAAGAAAGGAAGGAGAAGCUAGCUAAGGAAGAGAAAGAAGCAGCCUUGGAAAAAAUGGAGCUCAUUGAAGAGGAAAGGUUGCUGGAUAAAAGGAAGAAAGAGAUUGAACAACAGAAGAAGAGGAUAUAUGAAGAAAAGAAGGUACUGGAGAAGCCUAAAGAAGUGAUAUAUUCUCACAGAGAGGAGGAAGAGAGGGGAUCCUCUGAAGAGGAAAUAAAGAAAGGCUUGGAGAAGGAAAUGAAACACUUAGAAGAAAGUGAAGAAUUGAGUGAGGAAGAGAAGGAAGAAGAAGAGGAAGAAGAGGAGGAGGAAGAGGAAGAGGAGGAGGAAGAUGAGGGGGAGGAGGAAAAGGAGGGAAAGGAGGAAGAGGAAGAAGAGAGUAAAGAAGAAGAGGAAGAAGAGAAGGAAAAGAAAGGGGAAGAACUGGGGAUAAAGGAGGGACUGGGUGUUGAAAAGAGGACAUGGUUUGAGGAGAAGAAAUGGCAGCAUCUGGAGGAGAAGGAGGAGGAUGAAGAGAAGGAAAAGAAAAGGGAAGAACUAGAGACAGAGGAUAAGCUAGGCACCGAACAAGAGAGACAGCGCUGGGAGAAGAGACAGCAGAGUCGAGAGGAGGAGCAGGGGGAUGAAGAGAAGGACAAGAAAAGGAAAGAACUAGAGAAAAAAAGGGCUGAGCGGGGUGAUGAAAUAAGGAAAUGGCUAUUUGGGAAGAAAAAGUCUCCUCAAGAGAAGAAGGAAGAGAAGGGGGAAAAGGGGGAACUAAAGAUAAAGGGUGAGCUGGUUGCUGAAAAGGGGAGAUGGUCAUGGGAGAAGAGAAAGUCUCAAAAGAAGAAAAGUGAAUAUUGGGAGGAGGAGGAGGAGGAGGAGGAGGAGGAGGAGGAAGUUGCAGAGAAGGAAGAGAAAGAAAAGAAAAGGGAAGAACUAAGGAUAAAGGGUAAGCUGAGUGCUGAUGAGAGAAAAUGGGUAUGGAAGAAGAGAAAGCAUGAUGGAGAGGAGAGAGAGCAGCGUAAAGUCUCGGGGGAAGAGAAGAAAGAGAAAGAGAAGAAAAAGAAAACAGAAAGGGAAGAACUGGAGACUGGGGAUGAGCUGGGCAUUGAACAGCAGAAACUACCUUGGGAUAAGAAGAAAUUGAUCAGAGCAAUGAAAAGGGCAAAGAAGAAACUAGAGAGGUCUGAAGAGAAGAGGGCAUCAGUAAGGCGAGAGAUACGGGUAAUGAGGAGAUAUCUCCGGAAAAAAAGAGAGCUGAUUGAGUACAAGAAAGAGCUGGCCAAGCUAAAGAAAGGCUUGGGCAAGGAAAAGAAAGAGUGGAAGAAGAAAGAGGAUGAUAGAAAUAAGGAAAAGCUAUCAGAGAUAAAGAAAAAGAUGGAGGCCCUCUCUGAGGAGUUGAAUAAAUUCACUGAGAAGAUGAGCAUAUUGGUCCAGAAAGAAGAAAUGAUGAAUUAUGAAAGGGGAAAACUGGUUGAGGAGGAGAAGAAGCUAGCCAAGGAGGAGAAAAUGCUAGCCCGUGCAGAAAAGAAAAUCUACAGGAAGGAGAAGAAACUGGCCAAGAAGCGAUGGGAGCUGGCAAAGAGAUUACAACAGGCCCAGGAAAUGGUGGCACCCACCUUGACCCAGGAGGAGAUAGAGGAGAUUCAGGAACUGGGGGAAUGGCUGAAGUGGCUUCACUUGAAGCUUGACAACAUUGAGCCUGAAGAGAGGGCAAAGAGGACCAGAAAACCAGAGGAUCUCACCUCAGAGGAGAUAUUAGAGGAGAAGGUAUCAGAGAAGACAUCUUCAGAGGCAUCACUGUCAGAGGAGGAAGUAGGAGCAAAAAAGAAAGAGAAAAAGAAGAAGGAGGAGGAGAAGGAGGAGGAAGAGGAAGAGGAGGAAGAGGAGGAGGAAGUCAUAGAAGAAAAAAAGAAAAAAGGGAAAGAGAAAGUAGGAGUCAAAAAGAAAAAAGGAGAAGAGGAGGAGGAGGAGGAGGAAGUCAUAGAAGAAAAAAAGAAAAAGAGGGAGAAGAAAGUAGGAGCAAAAAAGAAAGAAGAGGAAAAGGAGGAGGAGGAGGAAGAGGAGAAGGGGGAGGAGGAGGAGGAAGUCAUAGAAGAAAAAAAGAAAAAAGGGAAAGAGAAAGUAGGAGUCAAAAAGAAAAAAGGAGAAGAGGAAGAGGAGGAAGAGGAAGUCAUAGAAGAAAAAAAGAAAAGGGGGGAGAAGAAAGUAGGAGCAAAAAAGAAAGAAGAGGAAAAGGAGGAGGAGGAGGAAUUCAUAGAAGAAAAAAAGAAAAAGGGGGAGGAGAAAGUAGGAGCAAAAAAGAAAGAAGAAGAAGAAAAGGAGGAGGAAGAGGAGGAGGAAUUCAUAGAAGAAAAAAAGAAAAAGGAGGAGAAGAAAGUAGGAGCAAAAAUGAAAGAAGAAGAGGAAAAGGAGGAGGAGGAAUUCAUAGAAGAAAAAAAGAAAAAGGGGAAGGAGAAAGUAGGAGCAAAAAUGAAAGAAGAAGAGGAAAAGGAGGAGGAGGAAUUCAUAGAAGAAAAAAAGAAAAAGGGGAAGGAGAAAGUAGGAGCAAAAAUGAAAGAAGAAGAGGAAAAGGAGGAGGAGGAAUUCAUAGAAGAAAAAAAGAAAAAGGGGAAGGAGAAAGUAGGAGCAAAAAUGAAAGGAGAAGAGGAAAAGGAGGAGGAGGAAUUCAUAGAAGAAAAAAAGAAAAAGGGGAAGGAGAAAGUAGGAGCAAAAAUGAAAGAAGAAGAGGAAAAGGAGGAGGAGGAAGUCAUAGAAGAAAAAAAGAAAAAAGGGAAGGAGAAAGUAGAAGUUAAAAAGAAAAAAGGAGAAGAAGAGGAGGAAGAGGAAGUCAUAGAAGAAAAAGAGAAAAAGGGGGAGAAGAAAGUAGGAGUGAAAAAGAAAGAAGAGGAAAAGGAGGAGGAGGAGGAAGUCAUAGAAGAAAAAAAGAAAAAAGGGAAGGAGAAAGUAGGAGCAAAAAUGAAAGAAGAAGAGGAAAAGGAGGAGGAGGAAGUCAUAGAAGAAAAAAAGAAAAAAGGGAAGGAGAAAGUAGAAGUUAAAAAGAAAAAAGGAGAAGAAGAGGAGGAAGAGGAAGUCAUAGAAGAAAAAAAGAAAAAGGGGGAGAAGAAAGUAGGAGUGAAAAAGAAAGAAGAGGAAAAGGAGGAGGAGGAGGAAGUCAUAGAAGAAAAAAAGAAAAAAGGGAAGGAGAAAGUAGGAGCAAAAAUGAAAGAAGAAGAGGAAAAGGAGGAGGAGGAAGUCAUAGAAGAAAAAAGGAAGAAAGUAGGAGCAAAAAAGAAAGAAGAGGAAAAGGAGGAGGAGGAAGUCAUAGAAGAAAAAAAGAAAAAAGGGAAGGAGAAAGUAGGAGUCAAAAAGAAAAAAGAAGAAGAAGAGGAGGAAGAAGAGGAAUUCAUAGAAGAAAAAAGGAAAAAGGGGGAGAAGAAAGUAGGAGCAAAAAAGAAAGAAGAGGAGGAAAAGGAGGAGGAAGAGGAAGUCAUAGAAGAAAAAAAGAAAAAGGGGGAGAAGAAAGUAGGAGUGAAAAAGAAAGAAGAGGAAAAGGAGGAGGAGGAGGAAGUCAUAGAAGAAAAAAAGAAAAAAGGGAAGGAGAAAGUAGGAGCAAAAAUGAAAGAAGAGGAAAAGGAGGAGGAGGAAGUCAUAGAAGAAAAAAGGAAGAAAGUAGGAGCAAAAAAGAAAGAAGAGGAAAAGGAGGAAGAGGAGGAAUUCAUAGAAGAAAAAAAGAAAAAAGGAAAGGAAAAAGUAGGAGCAAAAAAGAAAGAAGAGGAAAAGGGGGAGGAAGAGGAAGUCAUAGAAGAAAAAAAGAAAAAGGGGGAGAAGAAAGUACUAGCAAAAAAGAAAGAAGAGGAAAUGGAGGAGGAGGAGGAAUUCAUAAAAGAAAAAAAGAAAAAAGGGAAGGAGAAAGUAGGAGUCAAAAAGAAAAAAGAAGAAGAAGAGGAGGAAGAAGAGGAAAUCAUAGAAGAAAAAAGGAAAAAGGGGGAGAAGAAAGUAGGAGCAAAAAAGAAAGAAGAGGAGGAAAAGGAGGAGGAAGAGGAAGUCAUAGAAGAAAAAAAGAAAAAGGGGGAGAAGAAAGUAGGAGUGAAAAAGAAAGAAGAGGAAAAGGAGGAGGAGGAGGAAGUCAUAGAAGAAAAAAAGAAAAAAGGGAAGGAGAAAGUAGGAGCAAAAAUGAAAGAAGAGGAAAAGGAGGAGGAGGAAGUCAUAGAAGAAAAAAGGAAGAAAGUAGGAGCAAAAAAGAAAGAAGAGGAAAAGGAGGAAGAGGAGGAAUUCAUAGAAGAAAAAAAGAAAAAAGGAAAGGAAAAAGUAGGAGCAAAAAAGAAAGAAGAGGAAAAGGGGGAGGAAGAGGAAGUCAUAGAAGAAAAAAAGAAAAAGGGGGAGAAGAAAGUACUAGCAAAAAAGAAAGAAGAGGAAAUGGAGGAGGAGGAGGAAUUCAUAAAAGAAAAAAAGAAAAAAGGGAAGGAGAAAGUAGGAGUCAAAAAGAAAAAAGAAGAAGAAGAGGAGGAAGAAGAGGAAAUCAUAGAAGAAAAAAGGAAAAAGGGGGAGAAGAAAGUAGGAGCAAAAAAGAAAGAAGAGGAGGAAAAGGAGGAGGAAGAGGAAGUCAUAGAAGAAAAAAAGAAAAAGGGGGAGAAGAAAGUACUAGCAAAAAAGAAAGAAGAGGAAAUGGAGGAGGAGGAAGUCAUAGAAGAAAAAAAGAAAAAAGGGAAGGAGAAAGUAGGAGUUAAAAAGAAAAAAGGAGAAGAAGAGGAGGAGGAGGAAGUCAUAGAAGAAAAAAAGAAAAAAGGGAAGGAGAAAGUAGGAGCAAAAAUGAAAGAAGAAGAGGAAAAGGAGGAGGAGGAAUUCAUAGAAGAAAAAAAGAAAAAGGGGGAGAAGAAAGUAGGAGCAAAAAAGAAAGAAGAGGAAAUGGAGGAGGAGGAGGAAUUCAUAGAAGAAAAAAAGAAAAAAGGGAAGGAGAAAGUAGGAGUUAAAAAGAAAAAAGGAGAAGAGGAGGAGGAGGAAGUCAUAGAAGAAAAAAAGAAAAAAGGGAAGGAGAAAGUAGGAGCAAAAAUGAAAGAAGAAGAGGAAAAGGAGGAGGAGGAAUUCAUAGAAGAAAAAAAGAAAAAAGGGAAGGAGAAAGUAGGAGCAAAAAUGAAAGAAGAAGAGGAAAAAGAGGAGGAGGAAUUCAUAGAAGAAAAAAAGAAAAAAGGGAAGGAGAAAGUAGGAGUCAAAAAGAAAAAAGGAGAAAAAGAGGAAGAGGAAGUCAUAGAAGAAAAAAGAAAGAAAGUAGGAGCAAAAAAGAAAGAAGAGGAAAAGGAGGAAGAGGAGGAAUUCAUAGAAGAAAAAAAGAAAAAAGGAAAGGAAAAAGUAGGAGCAAAAAAGAAAGAAGAAGAGGAAAAGGAGGAGGAGGAGGAAUUCAUAAAAGAAAAAAAGAAAAAAGGGAAGGAGAAAGUAGGAGUCAAAAAGAAAAAAGAAGAAGAAGAGGAGGAAGAAGAGGAAAUCAUAGAAGAAAAAAGGAAAAAGGGGGAGAAGAAAGUAGGAGCAAAAAAGAAAGAAGAGGAGGAAAAGGAGGAGGAAGAGGAAGUCAUAGAAGAAAAAAAGAAAAAGGGGGAGAAGAAAGUAGGAGUGAAAAAGAAAGAAGAGGAAAAGGAGGAGGAGGAAGUCAUAGAAGAAAAAAAGAAAAAAGGGAAGGAGAAAGUAGGAGUCAAAAAGAAAAAAGAAGAAGAGGAGGAAGAAGAGGAAAUCAUAGAAGAAAAAAGGAAAAAGGGGGAGAAGAAAGUAGGAGCAAUAAAGAAGGAAGAGGAGGAGGAGGAGGAAGUCAUAGAAGAAAAAAAGAAAAAAAGGAAGGAGAAAGUAGAAGCAAAAAAGAAAAAAGAAGAGGAGGAAGAAGAGGAAGUCAUAGAAGAAAAAAAGAAAAAGGAGAAGGAAGUAAGAGCAAAAAAGAAGGAAGAGGAGGAGGAGGAAGUCAUAGAAGAAAAAAAGAAAAAAGGGAAGGAGAAAGUAGGAGUUAAAAAGAAAAAAGGAGAAGAGGAGGAGGAAGAGGAAGUCAUAGAAGAAAAAAAGAAAAGAGAAAAAGAGAAAGUAGGAGCAAAAAAGAAAAAAGAAGAGGAGGAAGAGGAGGAAGUCAUAGAAGAAAAAAAGAAAAAGGAGAAGGAAGUAAGAGCAAAAAAGAAGGAAGAGGAGGAGGAGGAGGAAGUCAUAGAAGAAAAAAAGAAAAAAGGGAAGGAGAAAGUAGGAGUUAAAAAGAAAAAAGGAGAAGAGGAGGAGGAAGAGGAAGUCAUAGAAGAAAAAAAGAAAAGAGAAAAAGAGAAAGUAGGAGCAAUAAAGAAGGAAGAGGAGGAGGAGGAGGAGGAAGUCAUAGAAGAAAAAAAGAAAAAAAGGAAGGAGAAAGUAGGAGUGAAAAAGAAAAAAGAAGAGGAGGAAGAAGAGGAAGUCAUAGAAGAAAAAAAGAAAAAGGAGAAGGAAGUAAGAGCAAAAAAGAAGGAAGAGGAGGAGGAGGAGGAAGUCAUAGAAGAAAAAAAGAAAAAAGGGAAGGAGAAAGUAGAAGCAAAAAAGAAAAAAGGAGAAGAGGAAGAAAAGGAAGUCAUAGAAGAAAAAAAGAAAAAGGAAGAGAAGAAAGUAAGAGCAAAAAAGAAGGAAGAAGAGGAGGAAGUCAUAGAAGAAAAAAAGAAAAAAAGGAAGGAGAAAGUAGGAGUUAAAAAGAAAAAAGGAGAAGAGGAGGAGGAAGAGGAAGUCAUAGAAGAAAAAAAGAAAAGAGAAAAAGAGAAAGCAGGAGCAAUAAAGAAGGAAGAGGAGGAGGAGGAGGAGGAAGUCAUAGAAGAAAAAAAGAAAAAAGAGAAGGAAGUAAGAGCAAAAAAGAAGGAAGAGGAGGAGGAGGAAGUCAUAGAAGAAAAAAAGAAAAAAGGGAAGGAGAAAGUAGAAGCAAAAAAGAAAAAAGAAGAGGAAGAAAAGGAAGUCAUAGAAGAAAAAAAGAAAAAGGAAGAGAAGAAAGGAAGAGCAAAAAAGAAGGAAGAAGAGGAGGAAGUCAUAGAAGAAAAAAAGAAAAAAUGGAAGGAGAAAGUAGAAGCAAAAAAGAAAAAAGGAGAAGAGGAGGAAGAGGAAGUCAUAGAAGAAAAAAAGAGAAAAAGGAAGGAGAAAGUAGGAGAAAAAAAGAAAGAAAGAGAAGAAGAGGAGGAAGAGGAGGAGGAGGAAGAGGAAGUCAUAGAAGAAAAAAAGAAAAAAGGGAAAGAGAAAGUAGGAGCAAAAAAGAAAAAAGAAGUGGAGGAAGUCAUAAAAGAAAAAAAGAAAAAGGAUGAAAAAGUAGGAGCAAAAAAGAAAGAAGAGGAGGAGGAAGAAGUCAUGGAAGGAAAAAAGAAAAAAAGGAAGAAGAAAGUUGGAGUAAGAAAGAAGGAAGAAGAGGAGGAAGAGGAAGUCAUAGAAGAAAAGAAAAAAAGGAAGAAAGUAGGAGCAAAAAAGAAAGAAGAGGAGGAAGUCAUAGAAGAAAAAAAGAAAAAAGAGAAAGGAGCAAAAAAGAAAGAAGAGGAGGAAGAAGAGGAGGAGGAAGAAGAGGAGGAGGAGGAGGAAGAGGAGGAAGAGGAGGAGGAAGAAGAGGAGGAGGAGGAGGAAGAGGAAGAAGAGGAGGAGGAGGAGGAGGAGGAAGAGGAGGAGGAAGAAGAGGAGGAGGAGGAGGAAGAGGAAGAAGAGGAGGAGGAGGAGGAGGAGGAAGAGGAAGAAGUCAUAGAAGCAAAAAAGAAAAAAGGGAAGGAGAAAGUAAGAGCAAAAAAGAAAGAAGAGGAGGAGGGAGAAAUAGAAGAAAAAAAGAAAAAAUGGAAAGAGAAAAUAGGAACAAAAAAGAAAGAGGAGGAGGAGGAGGAGGAGGAGGAGGAAGAGGAAGAAGUCAUAGAAGCAAAAAAGAAAAAAGGGAAGGAGAAAGUAAGAGCAAAAAAGAAAGAAGAGGAGGAGGGAGAAAUAGAAGAAAAAAAGAAAAAAAGGAAAGAGAAAAUAGGAACAAAAAAGAAAGAGGAGGAGGAGGAGGAAGAGGAGGAGGAGGAGGAGGAGGAAGAGGAAGAAGUCAUAGAAGCAAAAAAGAAAAAAGGGAAGGAGAAAGUAAGAGCAAAAAAGAAAGAAGAGGAGGAGGGAGAAAUAGAAGAAAAAAAGAAAAAAUGGAAAGAGAAAAUAGGAACAAAAAAGAAAGAGGAGGAGGAGGAGGAAGAGGAGGAGGAGGAGGAGGAGGAAGAGGAAGAAGUCAUAGAAGCAAAAAAGAAAAAAGGGAAGGAGAAAGUAAGAGCAAAAAAGAAAGAAGAGGAGGAGGGAGAAAUAGAAGAAAAAAAGAAAAAAUGGAAAGAGAAAAUAGGAACAAAAAAGAAAGAGGAGGAGGAGGAGGAGGAGGAGGAGGAGGAGGAAGAGGAAGAAGUCAUAGAAGCAAAAAAGAAAAAAGGGAAGGAGAAAGUAAGAGCAAAAAAGAAAGAAGAGGAGGAGGGAGAAAUAGAAGAAAAAAAGAAAAAAAGGAAAGAGAAAAUAGGAACAAAAAAGAAAGAGGAGGAGGAGGAGGAAGAGGAGGAGGAAGAAGAGGAGGAGGAGGAGGAAGAAGUCAUAGAAGAAAAAAAGAAAAAAGGGAAGGAGAAAGUAAGAGCAAAAAAGAAAGAAGAGGAGGAGGGAGAAAAAGAAGAAAAAAAGAAAAAAUGGAAAGAGAAAAUAGGAACAAAAAAGAAAGAGGAGGAGGAGGAGGAGGAGGAGGAGGAGGAAGAGGAAGAAAUCAUAGAAGCAAAAAAGAAAAAAGGGAAGGAGAAAAUAAGAGCAAAAAAGAAAGAGGAGGAGGGAGAAAUAGAAGAAAAAAAGAAAAAAUGGAAAGAGAAAAUAGGAACAAAAAAGAAAGAGGAGGAGGAGGAGGAGGAGGAGGAGGAAGUAAUAGAAGCAAAAAAGAAAAAAGGGAAGGAGAAAGUAAGAGCAAAAAAGAAAGAAGAGGAGGAGGGAGAAAUAGAAGAAAAAAAGAAAAAAUGGAAAGAGAAAAUAGGAACAAAAAAGAAAGAGGAGGAGGAAGAGGAGGAGGAGGAGGAAGAAGUCAUAGAAGCAAAAAAGAAAAAAGGGAAGGAGAAAGUAAGAGCAAAAAAGAAAGAAGAGGAGGAGGGAGAAAAAGAAGAAAAAAAGAAAAAAUGGAAAGAGAAAAUAGGAACAAAAAAGAAAGAGGAGGAGGAGGAAGAGGAGGAAGUCAUAGAAGAAAAAAAGAAAAAAGAGAAGGAGAAAGUAGGAGCAAAAAAGAAAGAAGAGGAGGAAGAGGAAGAGGAAAUCAUAAAAGAAAAAAAGAAAAAGGGGAAAGAGAAAAUAGGAACAAAAAAGAAAAAAGAAAAAGAAAAAGAGGAAGUCAUAGAAGAAAAAAAGAAAAAGGGAGGGAAGAAAAUAAGAGCAAAAAAAGAAGAGGAGGAGGAGGAAGUCAUAGAAGAAAAAAAGAAAAAGGGAGGGAAGAAAAUAAGAGCAAAAAAAGAAGAGGAGGAGGAGGAAGUCAUAGAAGAAAAAAAGAAAAAAGGGAAGAAAGUAGGAGCAAAAAAGAAAGAAGAGGAAGUAAAAGGAAAAAGGAAAGUAGAAGAGGAGGAAAUAAAAGGAAAAGAGGAAGAAGAGGAGGAGGAAGAGGAGGAAGAAGAGGAGGAGGAAGAAGAGGAGGAGGAAGAAGAGGAAGAAGAGGAGGAGGAAGAGGAGGAGGAGGAGGAGGAAGAGGGGGAGGAGGGGAAAAAGAGGAGGAAGAGGGGGAGGAGGGAAAAAAUCAUUCAAAUGCCUGCAGGAAAGAGUCUAUUCACCACAGAAGAGACCAUUAAAGACAGGGCAGUUGAGAAGCGUCCCAAGGAAGUCAGGAAGCUAGAAGUCCUAGAACCAGCCUCACAGGAGCUCAUGAAGGAGAAGGAAGAGGAGUACCGGAAGACUUUAGAGAAACUGGAAGUCAUAACUCCAUGGCAAAAGGAACAAAUGGCCACCAUUUCAUGGGAAGAGAUUCAAAGGGAACUCUUUCUAGCCCGAUCUAAACAUAAACUUCAAAAACCUGGGGAACUUGGGGGAUUUGGGGAACUUGGGGAACUUGGAGAACUUGGGGAACCCAGGCAACCUGGGAAACCAGAGGCCCCAGAAGCCCCGGAAGCUAUGGCCAAAGUCAGAGAAAAGCUUCCCCUGAAAUUCCUCAAGCCCAAGAAGCUCAGGAUUCCCAUUCAGAGGCUCAAGCAACAGAAGAUCAAGUCAGCAGAAGAGGAGUGGAAGUGGUUUAGGCUACUGCAACAGCUCAUGCUGGGGGAAACCCCGGUGGGGAUGGCUGAGCUGGGCAUCUCUGACAGCAUGUUGGAGCUCAGCCAGGUGGAUCAGGACUGGCUGAAAGACAUCAUGAAGGAGCUCCAGAGCAAGAAGAAGAUCUCCCAGGAUAACUACGAGCACCUGUGCCAGCUGCUAGCCAAGGUCCAAUCAGAGAAACAAAAGGAGUGGCUGCACGUGGCGGGGCUUCAGGCCAUCACCCUGCCCCGGAGGGAGAUGGUGGCCGUGAUUCCCAAGCUCUCAAAGGCCGAAAGGAAGACGAUCACCCUAGGGCCCGGCCGCCUGAAGGUCAUCCCUCCCAUCAAGAGAGAGGGGGACAAGCCUCCGCUCGCAACCACAGCAGAGCCAUCAACUGUCCUCCCGGCUGCCACUUCCGUUCCUGGGGUCCCCGCUAAGAAAGGCCCAGCCGCUGUGGAUGCCAGGGACUGGGCAGAGCAGUUUGCUGUGGUGCUCAGGGACAAGGAGCUUGGACCCCUGUUAUCCUUGAAAAAAACAUCCCAUGAUGCCUCUGAAUAUCUAGAAACGUCAUCCAUGAUCUGGCAGCUGAAAAGGGAUCUCAGAGCUUGGGAGAAGAAGAUGAAGAAACUUCGGGCGAAGCCAGCGAAGGAAGCCCCACCGAUGCCACCAGAGAAGAUGCUGCCCUGGGAGACCUUUGUUGCCCUGUACCACGUCCUCGUGGUCCUACGGGAGCGGUAUGACAAGCCCUCCUGGAGGGCCCAGUUCCACCAGAUUCUGGACUUGUACCAUCUCAGGUCCACUCGGGUCCACGAGCUGUUGGAGAAACUCCUGCAGGAAAAGAAACACUUGCCGCUGGACGUGGUAUACGAGCAGGCCCUCGAGGCCCAUGACGAGGUGCUUGGGGAGCGCCUCCUUUACCAUGUGUACUGCGGGGCUCACCGAGCCCCAGCCCAACCAAGCAAUUUCCAGAUGGUCCUGCCCCUGCCUGGGCAGAACCAAGUCCACACAGUUCUUCCAGCAGGCAGUACUCACUAUGGGAACUUGGAGCUGGCCUGGAAGAGCGCAAUUCUUUCUGACCCCUCUUGUCAUUCUACCGGGCUGCCCCCUAUCUUUACCCCCUCCCAGGACCCCAAGACUAAGCGUUGACUCAGACUCUGGGGUGCCAGCACGGCAGGGUCACCCCUACAUCCGCCUCUCCCCCCCAGUACCCACUGUGGACACUGGCUUCAAGCCUCUGGGUGCUGCCUGGGGGGAGAGGCGGCCUAGUGCUGGGUCCUGAGCCCCCCACUUCCCCAGCCCUCCCUGUCCCCUCUCUGGUCCCCAAUAAAGCCCAUCUCAUUCCUGAUGAGGACA